AUAAAUAAAUAAUGCAAUACUUAGUGAGAAAAGGGAAACAAAACGGUUUGGUUCCUGCUACCUUUUAGAACAUCACUAAAAUAUGGGGUGUGCAAAGAUCCUAUUUUUCACUGUUUUGAGAAACAUGCAUUCAUAACUUCCGGAUCCGACUGUACCUUUCCGUGAUGAUCGAAUGACUGGUCACGUGAUUUGCAGCAUUUCUACAGAGAAAACAGAGAGGUCUCUAACGUUGCUCCACAGCGUCUCGAUUUCUGCUCUAUUUGCAGCAGAAUUUGACUGCUUGCCGAUGAGAUGGCGUCAGGGAGAUACGACCAUUAUGAUUACUUGUAUAAGAUAGUCCUCAUUGGUGAUUCCGGAGUGGGUAAAUCAUCGCUUCUAUCGCGCUUUACGCGAAAUGAAUUUGAUAUCGAAUCGAAGUCCACUAUAGGUGUGGAGUUCGCUACAAGAAGCAUUCAAGUCGAGGGGAAAAUCAUCAAAGCUCAGGUAUGGGAUACUGCAGGCCAAGAGAGAUACAGAGCAAUAACAAGUGCAUACUACCGCGGUGCAGUGGGUGCUGUUUUGGUGUAUGAUCUGACAAAACAAAAAACCUUCCAGGAUGUAGAAAGGUGGUUACUAGAAGUGCGCGAACAUGCCGAUCCCACUAUUGUUGUUAUGCUUGUGGGAAAUAAAUGUGAUUUGAAACAUUUGCGUGCUGUAGCCAGUGAUGAUGCCAAAAAGUAUGGAGAUGAGCAUGGAUUGGCUUUCAUUGAGGCAUCAGCCCUGGAUGCUACAAAUGUUGAGGAAGCUUUCCAACAGACUAUUACAAAACUUCACCAUGUCCAGUUAGCCAAGAUGAAGAAAGAACUUGAUGGGAAGGAUACCAGAGAGGGUCAAACCGCAGCAUCUAAACAGCAGAAUUCCGUGGACUUAAAUAAGCCUAGUCAAGGAAAGAAUUGCUGUACAAUUUUAUAAAACCUUUUUAUUUGCUUUUUUUUUUUUUGGAAAACAAUGUGAAGUUGCAAGUAAAAUAUACAUUCUUUUAAUUUUUCAUAUGAAUUUUAUUGAGUUUCACUCAUUAGUGUUGUAAUGUCAUAGAAAUGUCCAUAUUUUUUUACAAUGGCAGAGAUCGUAGUAAAUGGCAUUCUAACAA